UAAUUCUGUGUAACUUUUUAAUUACUUUAUUUAUCUACUUCACGUUCGGAAGUAGCUUGAAAAUAUAACGAGAAGUAUCGGUCAGUAACUGACAAAACACUUGCACUACUCAGCAGCACAACUUCUAAUAACAGCAACAAGGACUACCGUAAUGUUUAUAUCUACGCUGCGACAUGCACGAACGUGCACGUAGUAGUUGUACACAAUUGGUUCCUUUUAUGGAGGGGAGAACUAAAAAUACACACCCAUUAUGUUUGAAACGUAGAACAGAAAAUCGAUUUUACAGACUGUAUACUGUAAUGCUAUCUCCUAAUGCCUUGCAAAAUGUCACCACCAUUUAAUGUAAUUAUCCAUGUAGUUUACUGCAUUUACCUAGUUUGGAUGGCACUAGUUUCCUUUUCGUGAUAAAAAACUUAAAAUGGUCGUAAACUUUCAUAAAAGUAGCAUCCAUCACAAUUUAUCUAUGAUUUUCAUCUGAUACUAUCUAUGGUAAUCAAAUAGAAAAUCAAAACUUCAAAUCUAUAGACAAGUUCAAAACACCAGUUGUUGAAAGUUGUUUUCGUGCUAUUGUGAGUAAAAUAAUUAGUUAAUAUGUCGAAUAUUUCGAAAGUUAGUGAAAUAACUACUUUAUACAAACAACUGAAAAGCGAAUGGGGUCACACAAAUCCUAAUUUGAGUAAAUGUGAACAACUUUUAGCAGACUUGAAGAUACUGCUGACCACGACAAUAUUUCUUCCAACUUCACAUAGUUUGGCUUCUCAGCAGGAAUUACUUCUUGCUAGAGAUAUUUUAGAAAUUGGAGCUCAGUGGAGUAUUGCAGCUAAUGAUAUACCUGCCUUUGAGAGAUACAUGGCACAAUUGAAAUGUUACUAUUUUGAUUACAAGAAUCAAUUGCCAGAGUCUGCUUUCAAAUACCAACUUCUAGGGUUAAACUUAUUGUUUCUGCUUUCACAAAACCGAGUAGCAGAGUUUCAUACUGAAUUGGAACUACUUCCUGCUGAUCAAUUACAAAAUAAUGUUUAUAUCAGACAUCCAUUGUCAAUUGAACAGUAUUUGAUGGAAGGAAGUUAUAAUAAGAUAUUUUUAGCCAAAGGAAAUGUUCCUGCCAAAAAUUAUAACUUCUUUAUGGACAUUUUACUUGACACAAUCAGAGGAGAAAUUGCUUCAUGUUUGGAAAGUGCAUUUGAAAAGAUUUCAUUGAAGGAUGCGACUCGAAUGCUGUAUCUACCUAAUGAAGUGGCAACAAAAGAACUGGCAUCUAAAAAAAAAUGGAAAUUGGAAAAGGAUAACUUUUAUCACUUUGUACCAGAAGUUACAAAAAUUAAUGAACCACUACCUGCCCGAGAAUUUGCUGAGCAAGCCAUUUCCUAUGCUAGAGAACUUGAAAUGAUUGUCUAAAUUUUACUUUUGCUAACUUAUUUUAAAAUAUUAUAGCGAUUUACUUGUAUA